GCGCAAGCUGUUGGCCGACGCACACAGACGGCACGGACGGGAGAGAUUAGCUACGGAAAUGACGUUUUCUGAAAGCUGAAAGCUGAAAGCCCUCACAAUUAAAGAGUUCUUUACGGCCAACUCAUGGAGGAGGACGUCUUGAAUGCGCUGCAGAUGCGCAGCGCUUAUCUGUGCGGCGGCUACGAUCGGAACAGGCGAAUCAUAUUCAUUGUGAAUGCAUUCAAUGAUCAACAAUUGUGGAAUCGUCGCUGUCUGCAACUGACGCUCGACUAUCUCAAGCGUUCGCUCAGCGCGUCCGUAUUGCAGAAUGGGGUGAGCGUCGUUGUCAACGCCCAGGAGAUCAGCUCGCGCAUAUCCAGGCAGCACGUGCGGCAAAUUUAUGCGCUCUUUGGCGGCGACAUCAGCGUCGAUGUUUAUCUAGUCAGAGCGGAGGGCUUCUGGGAGAAGCACGUGGAGCCUUGCGCCAAGUCGCAGACCAAAGGCGAGCCCCUGGUGCUGUCGAAGGCGCGCCUGGCCAAGUUCAUAGAUCUACACCAAUUGCCCGAGGAACUGGGCGGCACGCUGCAAUUCAAUUAUGAUCUGUGGCUGCAGCAGCGCAAGUCCAUAGACGAGUUUAGCAAGACCCACGCGCAAACUUUGGCCGGCAUGGAGCAGCUGUUGACGCUGCUUAAGUCGCUGCGGCCAGCGGAAGCGGAUGUCGAGCUUAAGAAGUGCGCUCAGCUGCAUACGCACGUGCAGCGCAGCAUUGAGUCGGCCAUUGAGAUGGGUAAUGCGAUCUUGGCGCGCUUUAACGAAGUUUACGAGACGCAAACGACAACGCCACAUGCCGCACCUGCUGCCAGCUCGAACACAACAACAGCAUCGCCAACAACAACAAGUGGCCACGCCCAGAGCCCUGCUAAGCCGCUGCUACCGCCCGAUCUGAACUGCGAGCGAGCCCGCAUCGAGCUGCGCCUGAAUGAAAUAGAGAAGAAGCAGACGGCAAUACGCACCGCUUGGCUGGAGCUGUUGCGUGCGCUGCGUGAGGCACGCGAGCUGUGCACUUUGGCCGAGGGCGUGGCCUUUGUCACCAACUGGAUUCUGAACCAGGCCGAGCAGCUGCUCAGCCGCCAGCGCAGCGUCGGCAGCGACGUGCGCGGCUCCGAGACGCUGCGUGCGGCACACGAUCAACUGGAGCUGGAAUGCCGCGACACCUACGGCUGCUAUGCAGAGCUGCUCUACAAAGUCGAGCAGUUUGCCAAGGAGCGCGCCACAGCCACAUGCCAGGAUCUGCUUUCGCAGCGCGACUUUAUGCAGUUUGUGUGUCGUUCCUUUGCCGAGCGCCUGGAGCGACGCCGCAAGGUGUUGAUGACGGCGCUGCGCUUCCAUCGCCUGCUGGAUCACUUCGAGGAGCAGCUGCUCAUAGCCAACCAAGCAGCCAAUGCGGAGCCCAGCGAGUUGACUGCCCAACAAGCCGAAGACAUGCUCAUGCAGCUAAAGACCAGUCAACAGCUCUUGGGCAACAUCGAACACGAACUUGUGCGCGAGGGCGAAAAGCUGAGCGACAUGUUGGCAAUGCCAGUGAAAGAUGCCUUGGGCCGUGACCUCCAGCUGGACUAUAGCAACGACAUUGCCCAGCUGCGGCGGCAGAUCGAUGCGAGCCGCGAGCGCCGGCAGCUGUGCGGACAGAGGCUGGCGCUGCAGCGGCUCACCUUGGAGCAGGUGACCCACAUUCAUGGCUACGAGCAGGAGGUGCGCUGCGCGCUCCAGUGGCUAAACGAGCUGUACGCGGUGCUGUUGCGCUGUCACUCCCAUGUUGGCUGCAACAUACACGAGAUUCAGCUGCAGAAGGACGAGCUGCAGGGGUUCGAAGAAACCGGCCGGAGCAUUUUCAACUAUGGCUGUCAGCUGCUAGAGGCCUCGCAAACACUGCGCCUCUGCUGCAAGCUGGAGCAGUCGGAGCCUGAGCAGUUUCAGCUGCAGCUGCAGCGCACCUGGCACAGUCUGCAGUCCAUUGCCCAGGAGCAGAUGACCCGGCUACGCGUCUCCGCUGUCUUUCACCGCAGCGUGGAGGCUUACUACAGGCAGCUGCGCGACUUGCGCCCUUUGCUGACCCAUGAACUUGCCACGCAGCUGCAGCAGCAGCGGCAGCAGCACAACCGCAGCAGUAGCGGCAUUAGCAGCGAUGCAGAAGCCUCGCCGGAGCUCUCGCCAGCUGACGGUCUUGGCGCACGCUUGCAGCACCACCUGCUGGCGAGAGAGCAGCUCCUGGUUGAGGUGGGUCGCAUGGUGCGGCUGGGUCGGCUGCUCAAGAAGCGCCUUAAGGAGCCCUUUGUGCUGGAUGCUCUCACAGGCAAAAGCGUUGUGCCGGAUGAGCUGCCGCUGGACAGCAGUCCGAGUCCGAUGCACGACAGCGGCCGCAACAGCAGCGCAGGCAGCGAGCCCAUUCAUGUGGAAACACCAGCCACGUUGACUGUGACGCCGACGGGCAGCAAUGACCUGGCCUGUGCUGCCAUCUCGCACAAGUUGAGCGCAAUUGCCGAGGUGGCCGAGUCCUUGGAUGCGGUCAUACGAGACUGUAGCGGCGCUGAGCUGGAUUUGUCGAAUGCCACGCACAAAAAGCUGGGCAUGGGCAACGAGGACUGGCAAUCGCGUUCAACGGAAGAUGAAUCCUUUGCCACGGCCUCCGAGGGCAAUUUUACGCCCAAUUCGCAUUCGUCAUCCUUUCAAACGGCCUCGGGUCGCACCAGCUCCUACAUUGGCUCCGCCAAGAACUCCUUUGACGAGGCAGACGACUCGACGCUGAGCAACUUUGAAAUACCCGAGCUGCCGCAAUCGCCAGUCAACAUGUCCUUUGAGAGCUCCGAGCUGAGCUACUUCUCCGCGCAGCAGCCCCUCAAAGCCGACGAUCAGGAUAGUGUGGUGGGCGUGGCCGAGCUGCACAGCCAAAGCGUAACGCCAACACCAGAAGAGCAGCAGCAUCAGCAGCAGCAGCUGCAGCUGCUGGCCCAGCCCAUCGAAUCGGACAGCGAAUUAGAGGCCUACGGCCUGGACGCCGCCCACAUCAGCACCGAGCUGCUGCCCAGCGUCUCCACGGCCGUCACGCCGGAGGUGAGUGCCCAGUGCGCUGCCACGGCUGACAAUGCGCAGCAGACGCCGCCAGCAUCGUGGCGCCGCAGCAAAUACUACGAGAAUAUAACGAAGCAAACGAUCAAGGGAUUUCUCUGAGAGAUUCGCCCUCGACCCGCCGUCCGCCCCUCGAGACCCCGCCCCACUAGAACCCGCCUAAUUAAGA